UUUCAAUCAAAAAUCCACGUCACUAUGCAUUGACACGCUCUUUAUGACAGUUCCGACAUCCGAUUAAGAAUAACGCGUGGUAGACGGGGAAAAAAGCAAGAAGAAAAUCUCCACAAGAUUUCUACAACAGCGCGCAAAGGACGCCGAUAACCCAUGUACUUGGAAAAGCAGCCGUUCCUGGCCACAUGGCUAGCGCUGUUCUUUGUCACACUUGGCUUCUCAUCUGCGCAAUCUCCACCCUGGAUAUCACCACCAUGGUCCGAUGACGGCGAGCAUGCGCAGAAGCCCAUCGACCCUCCCCUGGCCGUAGCAACCGGAUCGGGAAUAGGCUACAUAGCUUUGGGUGACUCGUACGGUGCAGGCAUCGGGACCGAGUAUGAUGGCAACGAGGACAAGUGUCGGCUGGGGAAUCAUGCCUACACCAGCCUCAUCUAUCGAGACCUCGUCAAGGCCUGGGAGGAAGACGGCGGCGGGAGCAGUAAAGGCACGCCCCGGCCCGUGUUUCAGUGGCGCAGCUGCACCGGCGCGACGUCGUCGGAUCUGCUCGGCCAGAGCGGUCAGAUAGCGUCCAUCAACGGUUCGCUUCCGGCUUCUUUUGCUACGUUGUCUAUCGGUGGCAACGACUUGGGGUUUUUUGAUGUCCUCAACUCGUGCAUCUUCCGCUUCUACGGUUUCUACUCGGGAACCUGCGCGGCGGCUAUCCGGCGCGCCACGAACCUCCUCGACAGCCCAGCCUUUGAGCUCAGCCUCGAGAUGGCGCUGCUCUCGCUCCUCGACGCGGCUCGCUGGGAACAAAACCCGCGGUUCUCUGUCGUCGUGACGGGCUACGCUCGCUUCUUUGACGCGCGCACCUCGGCGUGCGACGACAGGUCGCUGGGCGUGUGGCUCGGCGGCCCGAAGCUCUCGGCGAGGCUACGGGCGCGCCUCAACGGCCUAGUCGACGACGUCAACGCCAGGCUGCGCAACACGGUCCGAGCUGUGAACUCAAGGUUUGCGUCGCGCAGGCAGAGGGUGUUGUUUGUGGACUAUGAUGAGAAGUUCGACGGUCAUCGGUUUUGUGAGCCGGGCGUGCUGGAGCCGGAUUAUCAGAGGGAGGAUACCUGGUUCUUUCUGGUGGGUGGGAAGGAUAAUGGGGGUGGUGGCGAGGCUGUGAUGGAAGAGGAGCCGCGGCGGGUGGAGGCCCCGGUUGUCGAUCCGGACACUUGUCUUGGGCCGGCACGGGAUUCGGGAGAUUGGGGUGCGUUGGCCCUCUGCUACAUGGCCAUGGCUAAGCAGAGGGAUCCCAGUCUGCGGCUUGUGAGGCCUGUGGUUGUGGACGGUGACGAUGAUGCUUCUGCACAGUAUACCUCGAUAUACUAUGCCAAGACCUUUCAUCCGCGUUCACUUGGACACGAGGCCAUCAGGGAUGCUGUUUACCGCGAGUGGAAAAAGGUAUUUGAUGAGGAUUUGGUGCAUAGCCAGGAGGAAAUAUAGCAUGGCAUUUGUUGUGGCUUUUACAUAUAGAAAUCGUGAAAGCUGCCACCUUGAUCAGUGAAUAUAGCUUUGUCAUAGGUUAUCCAGAACAGGCGGGACCUGGUUGA